CGCGCUUGGCCCCUCCCCCGCUCCGUCCCUUUCUCUCCGUCGCGCGCGUGCCGGCUCCCGUAACGGCUCAGUCUGAGGAGGGAAGGGCAGAGAGAAGCAGCGGGCGCGGAGCCUCCCUUCGACGGCGCCAAGAUGAGCAUCGAAAUCCCGCCGGGGUUGACGGAGCUGCUGCAGGGCUACACGGUGGAGGUGCUGAGGCACCGGCCGCCGGACCUGCUGGGCUUCGCCGCGGACUACUUCUGCCGCCUGAGGGACAGCCGAGACCAGCAGCUGAGGGAAGCGGCGGCGGCAGCGGCCUCCGCCCGGGGCAAAGGCGUCCUCUUCGACGGGGAGCCCAUGCAGACAGAGUCCAACGGCGAGGAAGAGCGMAGGGAAGCCGAAGACUCGGACUCGGACUUUGAGCCUCCUGUUGUCAACAGAUAUAACAGAAGAGUAUCAGUCUGUGCAGAAGCAUAUAACCCAGAUGAAGAAGAUGAAGAUACAGAACCAAGGGUAGUCCACCCCAAAACAGAUGAGCAAAGGUGCAGGUUGCAGGAAGCUUGUAAAGAUAUCCUCCUCUUCAAAAACCUAGAUCAGGAGCAGCUGUCUCAAGUUCUUGAUGCCAUGUUUGAAAGAAAAGUUCAACCUCAGGAACAUGUAAUUGACCAAGGAGAUGAUGGUGACAACUUUUAUGUCAUUGAACGGGGAUUGUAUGAUAUCUUUGUAGCACGAGAUGGGCAAACCCGCUGUGUUGGUCGCUAUGAUAACCAUGGCAGUUUUGGGGAGCUGGCCCUGAUGUACAACACUCCUAGAGCUGCGACAAUUGUUGCCACAACAGAAGGAGCCCUUUGGGGAUUGGACCGGGUGACAUUCAGAAGAAUUAUCCUCAAAAACAAUGCAAAGAAAAGGAAGACAUAUGAACUAUUUGUUGAGUCAGUACCACUUCUUAAGUCAUUGGAGCCAUCAGAACGAAUGAAAAUUGUUGAUGUAAUAGGGGAGAAAAUAUUUCAAGAUGGGGAGCGUAUCAUUUCUCAGGGUGAUAAGGCAGACAGCUUUUACAUUGUCGAGUGUGGUGAAGUAAAAAUCUUGAUUAAAAGCAAGACUAUCACUGGCAAGGAUGCAAACCAGGAGAUAGAGAUUGCUCGGUGUCAGAAAGGACAGUAUUUUGGAGAACUUGCACUUGUUACCAACAAACCCAGAGCAGCCUCUGCCUAUGCUGUUGGAGAAGUAAAAUGUUUAGUUAUGGAUGUGCAAGCAUUUGAGCGGCUACUUGGCCCCUGCAUGGACAUUAUGAAGAGGAAUAUAACACAUUAUGAGGAGCAGCUGGUGGCGUUGUUUGGUUCGAGCAUGGACCUGACAAAUCCAGGCAAUUAGGCACAGAAUACCUAAGUGCCUUCUCAGUUCAAGAUACAGAGAAGUCUCCUAAUAGCAACAAAGCAGCAUCAAAAAUGAAAAAAAAGGACACUACGGGACAGUGGCUGUUGGUGUCUUCUUGGGCAUUUUUUUUAGAAACCUUCAUAGGUCUCAGCAAAGCUGGAUGGGUCAAGGCUUGCUCCAGGCCUCCACUUUGCUGCUGAAAUUUCAUUAUUAGACCUAGCUUACGGCUGAGUCUUUUAGACCUCCUUUCUUAUUGCUUGGUUCAGGAUGGCAUGUCUCUCCAACAAUUCAAGUGCCUGAUACGAAAGAUGCGGCGCCCUGUGUCGGUUGUUCUUGCUCUUAAAAAAAAGAGAAAAGAAAGGACUUUGUAAUCAGUGAUUUUGGAUAGCAGGUGGCUCUUCCUUCCCUCAGGGACAGCCACCUCCUUAACAAUGACUUCAUUUUGACACUGAAUUUCUUGACUAGAGUAUCAGAAUCUGCUUUUAAUAAUAAUGAUGACAAUGAUGGUGAUGAUAAGUUGAAAUAGUUGGUAAUGUCAAAGGGGGUGGGAAGGCUUCAAAUCUAGGAAUAGCUAGGUCUGAGCUUUUCCUACCACCUGCUGGACUUGGCAGACACUGCAACUCUAAAUGCUUAAAGGUUCAAGGGACCUUUAAGUGAAUACUAAAGCAAAAUAUCAAAUUAUGAGCAGUAUAUGUAACAGUAAACAGAAUGUUUUUUUUUUACAUUUUAGAUUGCAGUGAAUUUGAAUAGGCCAUGGAGUUCAAUGGCCCAAGAGUUCCAGUUGCAUUGUCCUUUUUGUGUUUCUUAAAUUGGACUGAUUUUUGUGGUCUGAUGGAAACAAUAGAACAUACUGCAAAUUCCUGCACGUAGGGAUUCUUUAUACUUCUAGAUUUUGCAUGACCCUUGGCAGAAUGAGUUUUAAUGCUCUUCUUUUUAAAGAAAAGAGUUGAUUUUUGGGUAUCUUAAUAUUUAUGUACUAAAGUGGGCUCCCUUCAGUUAAUAUUUUACAACAUUCUAACACAAUUAAGUCUACACUUUCUAAUUGCCAAGUCUCUUUGCUAAAUCUCUUGUGAAAAUUCGCAGCAUUUUACUUCAAAAUGAAUGUUUUUAUACAAAAAAAUUAUCUAAAAUGAAAACUUGUCAUUUACACUCCAGGCAAUUGAAACACAGUUGAAGCAGUAACUCUGUACUCAGAUCCAGUCAGUUUGUUUUCCUUUAAAAUGCCUUCUAGAUCCACAGCAUUUUUUAAAAAAAGUGUUUCUCUAGCUCUUCGUAUUCAAGAUACUAUCUUGAUUAAAUUUUAUGCAAGUAUUAUGUCUGUAUGAAAUGGACCUUAGCAGUGGUCUUUUCAUAGCAUUAGCAACAGCAUUCUUCAAAGGAUAAGGUCCUAAAUUGAUAAGUAGUAAUGUGAAUUGCCUGUUUCAUUAUUAGUUUUUCUAAGCAUGUUAAGACCAUGUCUAGUUUGGAAAUAGAUUUCCACUAAUUGUGGUUUAUCAUCUAAUGGAAUCGCAAUUUUUUUUAAAAAAAAUGGUAGCUCUGCCCUCUAAACUUGAAAUAAUUCUACCCUUUCUGAAUUCAUUCUUAUUGGCUUUCCCAAAGGCCCGCACACUGAUUGGUUCCUAGUCAGUAACCGUUUUCCAAUGUGCUACAAAUGUCUCUGUUCAUAGUUUAAGACUUAAUUUUAAUACAUUGCUAAAUCAGGGAAUGAUAAUAAUUGACUUUUUUUGUAAAUGAAUACCACUGGAAAUAAUGUUCAAGCCCUGAUGUUCACACCCUCAGCUUUCUUUUUCUAGCAUCUCAGUUUCAGCCAUGUGUUAGGAGACAUAUUUACUACAGACUUGAAAGCCCAGAAACAAAUACACUCCACUCAUCAUAAUAUUUUGCACCAAAGAUACUGUUUUUGUUGUACAUUUCUUAGUUUGUGUACGUUUUUUUGGAAGUUGUGCUUCUAUAAGCUUGUAGAGCUGGUACAAGUUAAAGCUAUUCUUGAGAUCCUUAACUUGUUUAAAAUUUCAUCUGAACCACACAAGUUAAUUCUGUGCCCACAAUGGCCAGGCAGAAGAGGUUUCCCCCUCAAGUCCUUCAUCCUUUUCUGGACCCUUAUCCUGGAAGGUUUGGUGUCUAUUGGGUGCAGUCUCAUAUUUGACUGCCCAGUGCUUACAGUAUGGCAUCUUCUCUCCCUGGCAAGACUCGAGACAUGUGCUGGAAGCCAUGCGCAGAACUCAAAGUGGAUGCGUAAAAUAGAUGGCGUUAUGUUAGUUGCUGCAGAUUUAGGGAGAAUUCCUGCUGGAGAUAAUGUUCUGUGCUAUCCUAAAAAUGGGCCGUUGAAGGGCUGAAUUGCACAACCCCAAAUUGGGCAUAUUUUUUCAAUCUGUACAAACUAUUAUGUAUCUGUAUUUAUGGAUGGUGAACUGGUUUUAUGAAUCACUUUAUCAUGAGCACAAUUCAGUGGCAUUCCUGUAAUAGUGUGAAAGUUCUACUUGUACAUUCAAGUCAGGACAGAUAGGGUUUUUUCCCAGUUACAGUUAAAUAGGCCAAUUUGUGGUUGUGUGGAUUGCUCCUCACAUGGAAGAGAUCAACACUGAUUUUUAAACAUACAUUUAGGCUUUGUCAAAGUAUAAAAUGAUUUGGUAUACAGUUGUAUAAAAUUAUUUUUGUGUGCAUAAUUUAGAAUGGAAGCUAGUUAGAGCAGUCUUGUACACACAAACUAUUUCAACUCAGUUGCUGGGUCCCUUGGCUUCAUUACUUCCCUAAGGCUUGUAUGAACAGCUCUCAAGAAUUUUCUUUCUACUUUUGGUGUCUCUCUUUGUUAAAGGGAAAUGAAAUCUGUCAUAAGCUUUCCUACAUCCAAUAGCAAUGUCUAGCUUUAAUAAGAGAACUCAGCAGCAAAGUGGCUAAUGAGUGACUUAAAAAUGUGUAAUUUCUGAGGUUGCCAGGAAGUGCUUACGGUGUCCUGAUAUUACUAUAUUUCUGUUCAUGUCACAGCACAAGUUUUUACAAAAUGUAUUAAACAAAAUCCUGUCUAUGAAAAAAAAAUCAGCAAGAGAGUUUUACAAAGGAAAGAAGGAUAACCCCUUUCUCAUGUUUUUCAUUUCUUGACAUAUAGUUGUAAACUGGUUUUGUCAGAAAAAGAAAAAUACAACAUUUCUGGGUAUCUCUCUUCCUAGCUUAUCCUUUGUUAUGAGUACAACUGGUGAAUGAGUGUGUUCCAGUUGCUCCAACCAGGUACUUCAUUGAAGAGGCCUUCUCUUUGGGUUCUCCCUGGGCAGGCUAUUGGGCUGCGAUGAAGCUUGAUCACCGAGGAAAAAGAAAGUGGUCCCUUAACUCUGAGUAGCAUGACACAGAUUUGCUGAGCCUAACUAAAACAUAAACUAUGUGCUAUGAAUACAUCCCUCUAGUCACAAAGAUCAUUUUAAUUUUGCGUAAAGAUGCUACCUCAAGGCUCCAAGUGCUUUAAAUGUGUCUUGCCUGUGAGAAUUCCACAAGUUGGUUCCAGCAAUUUGGUCUGUUGCAUCAAGUAUGUGAGACGUUCUCUUUUUAAAAAUCAGUUGGGGAGGGGCUCAUUUUAACUCACCUUUUGACUAGUAUUUAAUUUCCUCCCCUUAAAAAGUUUGGAUAGAUUUGUAGAGAAGAGCAGUUCUUGCCCAUAUUGGGGAGAGAACAUCCGCCAUAUAAGAUGCUGGUCUUGGUCUGAUCUGGGGUUUGAUUUCACUUCCAACUAAUAAAAACUGACAUGCCAUUGUCAAGCCUUCUUGAUUACA